AUGAAGAAGUUGUUUUCACGGGCUAUCUUGCAGGAUCUCAAAAACCUUCAGAAGCUCAAUGUAUAUUGUUGUGAUGAGAUGGAAGAGACAAUAGCAGAGGAAGCAACUGACCAAGAGGGAAGUAGCCAAUUAGGUACAAGCAGCAGUCCCCGUGGUUCUUCAGUGAGUAGUGACAUUCUCAUUCUUCCAAAGCUAAAAGAGCUCACACUGUCCACCCUGCCUAAAUUGAAGAGAAUCUGUGAGGGAAAACUGAUCUGUGAUUUCCUUGAAUCAAUGAGUUUAGAUCGCUGCCGCGAGCUGAGGCGGUUGCCUUUCUAUACUCCCAAUAAAAAUGGGCAUCCUCUCCCAGCCCUCCAAAAAAUCAAAGUUGAAGAAAAAUGGUGGGAAACAUUGGAGUGGACCAAUCCUACGUUAAGAGCCUCAUCCAACCUUACAUAGUGCGAAAUAGUUAAGGAUCCAUAUUUUGUUAACAAGAAACAUUUGUUUUAGAUUCAGCUUUAUGUUUUAGAUCCUUUCUCUAUGAAGCAAGUGUUCUACUUUUGUUACCUAAUGCUAAUUGCAUCUGAUGAUGAUGAUGAUGAUGAUGAUAUUUCA